CUUGGCUUUUGUGGCCCACACCCUCUGGACACCUACAACUCUUGUUAUAAGGAUUUCAAGUUCGUGCUGGACUAACAGAACGAACACUGACGGCAGUCGCCUCUGACGCAUUCACUGGCUGUUCACUUCUCAAAUCCUUACGAACGACAAAUACUUCCUGGAUUCGUUGGCAGAACUUACUAGCUUACAAUCAUGACCACGGUCGCUGAGUCCCUCAGUUCAGCCAACGAUCUGCUAGCACAGCAUAACGCUCUUCUUCACCAGGUCCGCACCUCCCAACGGACCCACAAACGCAACCUCCGAGCAUUAUCAAAUCCACCGACUGGAUCAUAUGAGCCUUUGCUGAAACUCCCCGUCAUCCCUUCUCCGCAACCGUCUCCUACUCCAUCGCCAACAUCUCCCAUAGCCAAGGAGACUUUCAACCAAUCCUAUGUCCCUGAUAAUAAGCCACGACGAGAUCUUCCCCCUGCGAAGCGUGCAAGAGUUUCUCGGUAUUCCAACUAUGUACCGGAGGAGGAGACCAUUCGAAACGACUAUUCACAGCGAUAUGUGGAUGGCGGAGAGUGGCCCCAGGACUGGGUGCUUGGUGCGGAGCCAGAGCGACGUUUCGAAGAGUAUCCCAAGCAACAACGCCUUCUAGCCCUUAAGAAGGCCUCUGUCAACAACUACGCCACUCCGCCAUCCUACCUACCCCUCACUUCCCUUGCAGCCCUUCUCCAACCCCGCCGCAUAUCUCACUCCCGCUCUCCAUCCACUGCGACUACAAAUCUCCACUCACAUUCUUCUCCAUCUACGGUUGCUUCUACCCUCGCUGCUUCUUUGACGACAGGUCAUUCUCAAUCACCCUCCAUGAAAACCCUUGCUCUCCCAGCGAGCACGAUCCCGGGCACAGGCGGCAUUCUCAACACGGCCACCUGCUCUAAAUUCGACGUCAUCCUCAUCGACCCACCAUUCUCAUCUUCCUUCUCGUGGCAGAAUCUACAGGAACUGCCUGUACCUUCGCUAGCUGCUGAUCCAAGCUUUGUGUUCCUGUGGGUUGGUUCCGGUGCAGGCGAGGGGCUGGAGAGGGGUAGGGAGGUACUCGGGAAAUGGGGCUACAGGAGGUGUGAGGAUGUUUGUUGGAUCAAGACGAAUAAAGAUUCGAAUCAUGGGCCGGGCACUGACCCACCGACAACGUCUUUAUUGACAAGAACGAAGCAACAUUGUCUCAUAGGCAUACGUGGAACGGUCCGACGGUCUUCUGACAGUUGGUUUGUUCAUUGUAACGUCGACACCGAUGUAAUCAUCUGGGAAGGCGACACAACAGAUCCGACCCUAAAGCCUCCUGAGAUGUACACCUUAAUCGAAAACUUCUGUCUCGGCGUCCGCCGCCUCGAGAUUUUUGGGCGAGCCCGCAGCGUUCGCCGAGGUUGGGUGACAGUUCUAGGCGACGGCGAAGAACAACGGAUCGAUGCCGUCAAGGAGAGACGGCGGCAGGAUGGCGACGAUGAUAGAGAGGGAAAGCUAGAGGAGUGGGAGAGGGACAGCUGGGAGGCUAAGGUAAAAGAGAUCGCCACAAAGGCUGGGGCUGUCAAUGCGGGUGGACAGGCGGCAGGGAAGGCCGUCGUACCUAUGACUCCUGAGAUUGACGCUCUGCGCCCGAAAUCUCCCGUCCGCGGUGGAGGCGGAGGCGGAGGGCCCCACAAUAACUCAGGCUCCACGAAUGGCCCGUUCAAUACAUCAACUUCUUCACCAGCCCUCGGAAACAACAUGCCUCUCGCUGGAAGUCCAAGCAUGGGCGCCAUGCAGAAGAUGGCUGGUAUGGGGAUGGGGAUGGGUGGCGGCGGAGGACGCGGAGGGUCUGUUGGUGGGAGCGGAAACGGAGGAUUCAAGAACCCGAACAACAUGCGCAUGGGUGGCCAGAAUCAAAUGAACAUGAUGGCAACGGGAAUGGGCGGCAUGGGGGGUAUGAACAAUAUGAGUGGUAUGGGAAUGGGUGUAGGGAUGGGUCUGGGUGGAGAUGGAAUGUGGGGUGGUGAUGGCAUGAGUGGCGGCGGCAGCUCGAUGCUAAACGGGGGGAUGAACUCGAUGGGCAGCAUGCCGAACAUGGGAAAUAUGGGGAUGAGCGGAAUGCAGGGUAUGGGCAACAUGCAAGGGAUGGGCAACAUGGGGAUGGGCGGUAUGGGUGGUAUGAUGGGUGGCGGAAGUGGUUAUGGAGGGUUCGAACAACAAUGGGACGAGAGCAAUCAAGGUGGGAUGUGGGAUGAUAGUAAUGGGGUUGGCUCGGGUGGCGGCGUUGGUGGUGCUGGCGGCACGGGUGUGAGAGGUGCUAAUGGCGGAGGAAUGCCUCAAGGAAUGGCCGGGAUGGCUAAUAUGAGCAGUAUGCAAGGAAUGGCGAACAUGGGGAUGCAGGGAAUGGGUGAUAUGUCCGGGAUGAGGAUGGGUGGCGGGAUGGGCGGGAUGGGGAUGCAAGGUAUGGGGAUGGGACAGAUGGGGAAUGGACAACAGAGACAAUGGAACGGGGGGACCUACGGCGGGUACCAGUAAUAUGCUGGACUUGUCGCUUUGA